UGAAUAUUACGGCUUCGCCAACGAACGACGUCACUUGAAACAGGUUGUUGUUGUUGUUGUUGUCCAUUUCACGACAAGUCGCGUCGACGGAACGCCAAUUCUGGUGUAGACGCGAUCGUUUUAUCACAUUCUAAUUUUGAACGUAAACAUCAUGGUUGCACAUUGAGCACUCAAAUAGUGAGGGCUAUACAAUAUUUCGGGGAAGAGGAACUCGAUUUCAUGGUGGUGGGGAAGUGGGCCAAGAACAACCAUGUGUGUGAAUGCGCGUUUCGUCCAUCAAAGACGGAGAGGUUAUGGUUCUUUUGAUGUGCCAUAAUUUAUGGAAAUGUUGCCUUCAGAAGGAUCGGUCCAAACGCUCACAUUCCUUAAGAUAUGUGGUCAUAAUGUGAGGAAAGAGACACCCACUAACAUCGAUUGAUACUCGGUCUGGUACAGCAGCAACAACAACAACGGGGACAGAUGGGAUAUGUGUCGAGCAACAUGGACAAUCUGUGCCUUCAUUUAAGGAUCGGGUUGAAUGGCUAAUCUUCUCGCUAACCCUCCACCCUCUCUCACCCCAAAUCAUUCACUCAUGGUGGUUCAAGACCCAGGCGGUUCUUCGCCGUUUCGGCAGUCUUCACCUCAAUUGGAUUUCAUUGUUUGUCUCCCCUUCUGAAGUUCGGUUCCCUUUCUUGACAUAUUGGACCUAAAAUUGGUCCACCUGGCUCGUCCCGUCCCUUCAGACAUGACUUGGACCAUCGAGUCAUCGAUGGCCAAAUUGAGAAGAUAUCAUCACUAUUAUGAUUACCCCCACCACCAUGUCACUAUCACUGCCGCUUUCGAACGAUGGAAACAAGGCCAUUGUGCGUGUGUCUUCUUGUGGGCUUCGUCAAUGUUGGUAUUAGUGGAUCGGCCGACCAAGAGCAAGGAAUCGAAGACUGGACGAAGGACAAAAGCCGGCCUCGGAUGUUCUUGAUGGCUCUUGGGCGUUAUGACAAGGUAAACACAUCAUUUCUGAUCGAUUUCCUUUGUUCAGAGCCAUCACUUGGCACUUGCUUGGAAGGACAUGGUCAGUGGACUCAGGAUUCAAGGUCUCAGACCUAUCGAGAUUAUUCUCCGAACCCAUGGGUACAUCAAAGCAUGGCAUGAUGAGCGGAACAACGAGCAAAAUCAUGCAGGAUCUCCGUUUUGGCACUUGGCAACGAGCCUCCGACCAAAUUGAAUGCAGUUCCUAUUUUUCCGGCGAAAAAAAAAGAGAACCGCCUCCCGCGGCGUUCGUUUCUGCUAUUUUGAUGGCAUUUCUUGCUUGAUUGAACAAUAUCGGCGACGGCGGCCCUUUCCAAUUCCGCGGAACCGAGAAUAUUCAUCUCGUUAGGGCUCAAUUUUAUCGACCAUAAAUUCUCUUUCACUCACCCUCAGCACAGGAGGAACAAGAGCCACCACCAACCAACACUACAUACUAAAAAGCGCCCGGGGCCUACUUUAGAAUGUUUCCGUGUUUGAAUGUAAGGAAAUCUCGAUUUGGUGUUUUGAACCGCCGCUCCAGUUUUAGAUGUCAAGACAAAUUAGGAAUUCACGAUUCUCGAAGUCCUAAAGUGUCGGAUGUUGUUUAAGCUCACCUGAGGUCGGAUUUUAAUCUCCUUUUGAAAUUCAAUGUCCUUAAUCUCCUCUCUCUCAAGUUCUUCAUUUAGGUAUGGCUUCGAGAGAAGCAAACACACUAGCGGUACAAAAAUCUGAGGGUACCUUUCAAUGCUAAAGCGAUCUUUCAAAAUGCUGCCGUCACUCAUGGAAUAACUUGAUUUCUUGUUUCUACAUUCAAAUGGAAUUCAUCAGAGCUUUACGCCACAAACGAAAUGUUAACAAAUUGAAUCUUCGUCUAUGAUUACUCUGUGUUACAAUCAUAGAUGGGAAAGUUGGCUUGACAAGAAGGAACACUAUUUUGUAUCGGAGAGCUUUUUAUCUGAGUAGUGGGGUGAAUCAGUCGUGCUGAAACCAAUUUCAAUUUCCAUUUUUUGGUCUUCUGGUCUGGCGAGGACAGUCACAUCUUAAUGCAGGGACCCAAAAACAAGAGCGAAUGAGAGACACUAAAUCAAUAUCGGAACAAGUUAAUCCAACGCCCAAAUAGCCGAGUCCAUUGGGUCCCAUUUCCAGUAUUACGUCUAACAACAACGAUAAAGAGUCUUUAUGUGCGGGGAUCAAGCACACGAAUUAUCCCGAGUCUUCGAGCAAGGUUUGAAAACACGGAGAAAAAAAAACCCUGUAUUUUGCCGUUCACGCCCAACCAUUUUUGUCAUUAAGUGAAGCAAAAGUCCCAACCUUGAGCAGGCACAAUCUGUUUCCCCACCUCAGACGUGGCCAAAGUCCUUUUACCCACUCUCUCACGAACUCACUUGCCUCGGUCAUAGAUAGAUUCUUUGGGGCUAGAUUGGAGCAAGAAAGGUGAGAACAGUUCUCUACUCUCGACGUGACUUGACAGGUUUCCAUUGCAUUAUUAUCCACUUCUCUAAUCUCGAUAUUAUAAUCUGCCGUAUAGUGUUUCAGAUCUUCGUUGGAAACAACCUUGUCUCACUUGUUAGUGUUAUUGAUGGUCCUUUGGGAAUAGCUGGGUGUUUUUUACCUGGUCUGGAUGUCUACGUAAAUGGUCAUUACUCACUAACAAGGUCCCUUAUGUUUGCAGAAUGUGUUAAAUAACCACCACAGAAUGAAUGGGGUUUCUAUAUCGACCCACGACUCAGUGCAAUAUCACAAAGCAAGAGCUUUCAAGUCUUUCUACAAUCGAAAUGUGUGACAAGUGGAUUAAAAUCAAUACGUGCGAGGAAUACUAUCAACUUGAAUUUGCUUGGCCUUCUUUGUGGAAAGUCACACGCAAAAAUAUUCUCAAAUGAGCUUGGACUUUUCUUUUUUAUUCAAUCGGCUGCAGGGUGGAGCAAAAUUUAAGCUCUUUGUUUCGAUGAAAAUUUCAAGUUGGCGUCAUCAAUUUCAGAAGCUACCGCCAUCUAUCGUUCAAAGGGUUGGUUUCUUGACAGGUGGCUUGUUUUGAAAGCCAAGUUUGGCACAAUUUCAGACGAAAUUCGUAUUGAUUUCCAUUUGGUGUGGUCAAGGGAUGUUUGAACUCACAAAUGCAUUUCACUUUCUUCAUCAUUAGACCAGACACAUCAAUGAUUUUGACAGUCGACCUUGUCAUUGCCAGAGGAGUCUCACCAAGCACUGCAGUCUGCACCAAGAGGACAAGGGAACAAAUGAGUUCCACGGAACGCUAUAUAUGCUAUACUGACACGCAGUCAGUUGUGAAUCAUCAACAAGAGCCCCUCCACAUGCAUGCACACACAGUUCCAGCGCAUGGAUAUGUGCCUUAUAUGGGUUUAACUGGAUGGCAAAAGAAACUUGGAUCGCUCUUCACUCUUCGGAUGGCCUCAAGAUUGAUGGAUUAAUUUUGACAAGCUUGCUGGGCGAUUCAAUAUCAAGUUUUCAGCAUCUCAUUCCCACUUCAUCACCAGAUUCCCAGGACUCGCUUCGGGCUAGCCGGAUUUCACCCCGGGAAAAGUCCCACGACUUCUUCUUCUUCUUCUUCUUCUUCUUCUUCCGCGUCUUCUUUUUUCCUCCUAACCUCGAUCCGCCAACCCAUUCAGGUCUCUUCUUGGUUCUAUUUACGUUCUCCAAGACCGCGCCGUCAAGCAGGUUUCAGCGAGUGAGGACCUGAGCACGAGCAGCAAUGGAAAAGCCGGACUCCGGCCCACUCAUCGUCCAUCCUCUCUCGUCCCUUCUUCUUUUCCUGUCUGCUCCUCGCCGAGUGCUCAAGUUCGUCCCCAGCACUCUGGUUGUUUUCAUUCGCUUCUCUCCGCGAUCUGGCUCUGCGUGGAUAUUUGGAGAUCCCGAAAGAAAUCCCUGGCUCUUCUCCCGGUCCGUGGUUCGUUCCACUCUCGGGAUACGUUUGUUAGUCCUUGGACACUUGAAGUGAGAAUACGAAGAAAUCCACUUUUCCUUUUCUCUUUCACGGGAAAGAAAAUCGAAAAGAAACUCGCCAUCGACCCAAGGAAACAGAAGGAAGGAAUGCGGCUCGGGAGUGCUCGGUCGUUACUUUUUUCUUGCCAAGAAGUGUCAAGACCAAUGUUGUGAGUUGUCCGAAACAAUAUAUGGUGUUGUAGAAAACUGUAUUAUUACAGCCAUCCCGGCACGUGCCCUCGCUCGGAUUCUCGGGAUUGUUUGAGUGAAAAAUCAUCCCAAGACGGCCAAGGUUUCCCUCACUUCUUUUACCCCGAGCCUUCCUACAGACCGAGGAGUGGACAAGAAAAGUCCAGGGACUUCUUUCAAUUCCUGAAUGUGUGUGUCAAAGUUGUAAGAAAAGUGACCAUUUUAACGACCUUGUGGCACAGUGAGACGAAUUUGUUUUUGUUCUUCCUCCCACUCGGUCGGUCCGCAGAGCCAAGCAUUCAAAUCUCAUUGGAACUAUUGGAAAAGCGUUCCACCCGUCUUUCCUUCUAUGACUCCAUUCAGAUGGUCUCAGGAGUGUUGUUGUUCGCCAAGGUUUUCACCGGCUUCACUGACCCCUGCAAAUAAUGCUAUCCUCGGUCAAUGACUGAUCCAUAUUUGCCGAAGGUCCUUCAAUCGUGUUCUCGUUAAAGCUGAUGAUGCCACUCUCAUUCACCAUGAUGGGGAACACUGCCAACCAUAAGCUUUUAUGGCUGGUUGUGGCUGUGUUUCUAAGUUAUUGUGGUUGUCCAAUCUCAACCCAAAAUCCGGUCUACAUUCUCAACGAACAUGCUCAGCUCGUCACUUCCUCCACAUUACAAUGGGUCAGUGCCAAAAACGGGGAUUUCCCGCCGGAAUCCGUGAAAGGCGGACAAAACGGAACCUCCGACUACAAAGUGUGUCGAGCGGCCUUGGCCGGAGGGGGAGGAUAUCACGCCGGGCAAUUGAGAGCUCAGGCGUGUCGAAUCGUGGUGGGCGACGUGAUUCUGUCUUAUCGGAACUACCAAGUCCUCGUGAGCAUUGAUGGAGCUGCCAGAUUGGAGUGGGAGCGAUGGAAGCAGUUCAACCCUUUGCCGGCGGGUUCCAUCAAUGUGGACAAGGACAUCUUUGUGGCCCGGAGUCUGAUCCGACAACACACGCCCAACGCCUACAUACCCAGCAAUCAGACGUCCAUUCAGAUUAUACGGAAGGUGUUGGCCUUGGGCGGCCUCUACCUGAAGGAGCAAUAUGGAACCAUCCUUAUCCCCGAAAGUGGUCAAAUGAAACGGACAGAGGGCGAGGUGCUCAUGGAACACGAACCUGUUCGGUAUGAGCUGAACUCGUUUGAGGAGCAGCGACUCCGCCACGAGGUCCAUUCGCAAGUGACGCUCACUGAUCAGGAUUUGGAAAUCACGAGUCGGACCACCAACCAGAUCUUCAAUCUCACCUACCAAAGCGCCAUCUAUUUCGGUAAGGGACACUCAAUUCCCACGGGGAGUGAGGUUCUGAUCAACUACCAGAACCGAACACGCGAAUACGUUCAUUGGGGCGUGGCCAAGACGCAUCCGGAGGUAAAGAAGCUUAGACUCUCAUACCAAGUGCCCCUUUGGAGCCAGGUCAAGGUCAGCUUCUCUGCCACGGAGAUCAAGAAAAACUACGAUUACACCGCCACAUUGCUAUCCCAUUACAAGGAUGGGGCUAUACUCAUGCGGCCGAUUAAGGGCGUGUUUCAAAGGACGUCCUUUGAUAGUUUUCGGCCGCUCUACGGCUCUCCUACACCUCUUGUGACAUCCAGCUCAACCAGGCUUUCAGACAAUACACCGGGCCUCACUCACGGAACCUCCACUGAGGACAGUGCCAAGGUCAAAAGCUAUCGAUUUCCUAUUCAAGAAAACGAGGGCGUGGCUAGUGGCUUGGAUCGGACUCAAGCCAAGAAUUGGUGGCACAAGAACCAAGGCCGUCAGUGUACUCCUAUGUCGACACUCUUUGUGUUACUCCAAGGCAUCAUCUGUCUCAUUCUUCCAAUAAUUGUUGUGUCUCCGCGGUUUUGACUUCUCAUACUUUGGUUUUCUUGACUAAAAGAAAACUCUCAUUCAGAGUAUUUGCAAUAAUAAAGAGUUUUUUAUAUACAUAAAA